UCCCUUUUCCCCACAAACUCCCCAUUUCCCUCCAGCAGCACGAGAAGAGCCCAUCCCCGGCCGUGUCGCGCCCGCGGGGUUGGGAUUCCCCCGGCUCCCUGGACCGGGGCGAGCUGGAGGUGACGAGCCCGGCGCUGCGGAGCCGCCCCGUCACCCGCAGCAUGGGCCAGGGUGACACCAUGGAGGUGCCAUCGAGCCCCGUGCGCCGAGCCAAGCGGGCACGGCUCUGCUCCUCCAGCAGCUCGGAUGCGGCCGUGAGGAGUUUUUUCCACCCCAGCUCGCAGCACCGCGAUUGGUGUCCCUGGGUGAGCAGCGAGGAGGAAUUCCAGGAUGAUGGCACGGACAAGGAGCCCGGGAAGGCCGUGCCAGGAUGGGAAUUGGUGCUCAGGAGGCUCCUUGGCAUCCGGAAAUGUGACACCGUGCCCGAGGCAGAGCCUGUGGUGAGCGGCUCAAACGGGAACGGUGCCCAGGGAGUGGGAAUUGGGGAUGGACGGGCUCUGUUUGGGGUGAGCACAAUCACAGCUGGGGAGAAGGACAAAGUGGAGAGCCUGGA